CUGGCGGAAGCAGCCGGCGGGCACAGCCUGGCGCUGUGAUCCCGACAGGUCCUGUCAGCUUCGUAGCAAGCGCGCUGCUCGUGGAGGUGGGUGGGAAGCACCGAUCUGGGCUUCCCCGCCGGACCGAACGUCCCUGGGCGGUGCCACCUCGCUGCGGUGGGGGCCUGGCCUCCGGGCUGCCUGGCCGGUGCCCUGUCUGCGCGGCGGCAGCUCCACACGCCCCUGCCAGGACCGCCCAUAAGCGCGUCCCAUAAGCGCUUGCGCGCGGGGCGCCUCCCUCUCUCAGCCGGGCCCGCGGUGGACGCGCCAUCGGCACCGGCACCAUGCCUGCUCUCAGGCCUCUCGUGAAGCCCAAGAUCGUCAAGAAGAGGACCAAGAAGUUCAUCCGGCACCAGUCUGACCGCUAUGUCAAGAUCAAGCGCAACUGGCGCAAACCCAGAGGCAUUGACAACAGAGUGCGCCGGCGCUUCAAGGGGCAGAUCUUGAUGCCCAACAUCGGCUAUGGCAGCAACAAGAAGACAAAACACAUGCUGCCCACGGGCUUCAGAAAGUUCCUGGUCCACAAUGUGAAAGAGCUGGAAGUGCUGAUGAUGAGCAACAAGUCGUACUGUGCAGAGAUUGCCCACAACGUGUCCUCGAAGAACAGGAAGGUGAUCGUGGAGAGAGCCGCCCAGCUCGCCAUCAAGAUCACCAACCCCAACGCCAGACUGCGCAGCGAGGAGAACGAGUAGCAGCUCUGCAGCACGGGUGUAUUUAAUAAAGCCUCAGUCCAACU